ACAAAAAAAGUAGUCACAGUGACAAAUCGUGUCACAUCUUGAAAUCAUGAGAAAAUCUUAUAAAGACGAUCAUGAAAACAAUGUUAAAUUUUAUACAGACAUAUCCACUUACACGGAUAGUUAUAGAAUUUUCAAAGAUGUACAGGCUGAAAGAUUCAGGAAUAGAAGAGAAAAUACGGAAAAACCAAAGCUCAAAAGACUGCCAAUGACUUCUAUUGAUUUGGAAACUUUUACACCCUUGAAACAUAAAAUUCCUUUAGGUCUGAUGAUAGUUCCUAAUGAAGUGACCAGAGGAAAUCCUCAAGCACCUAUUCAGCACAUCGAGAUACCAGAAGAUAGCAGGAAAAAGGAAGUGAUAAAAACAAGACCACGAAUUUGCCAAACACCCCAGGUUAGCUUAGAUAAUGUUUCUGAUCCAGAGAUCAGAAAAAAUAUUUUAAACUACAUAUAUACUACCGAGCUCCAACAAAGCCAAAGUGAUUUCUUGAGGAUGGUUGGGUCAAAAUAUAGAGAGGUGCCAGAGAAUGUUUUGGAACAUGAGAAAUUCUUGAGUAAUUCGAAUAAACAUUGCUUCACGGUGCAAUUUAGGCCAAAACCUCUUCUUCAAGCAAUGAUGACACCAGAAAAAAAUUCGAAAGCGAGAGAAUGGGAGCAUGAAAGAGCAAAACGAGGAAUCUCUGUGUCCACUGAGCACUUUUGGAAACACAAUGAACCCAAAUUUGGACCAACUUAUUCAGAAUUAAAUGAAUUGGUGAAAAAAGAAACAGUAAAUGAAAUAAGUGACCUAAUUAAUAAUGAUCAAUUGGAAAUACAAUAUGACAAAACAUGUCAGGGAUAUACAGGAUUUAAAUCCAGUGUGCCUGUUGGUAUGGGGCUCCGGAAGGAAGAAAAACCUCACCAUCAUCCUUUUCGUUCAACAUAUCAAGAAGCUUUCAAUUGGAAAUGUCGACCAAAGGAUGAUUCCAAAACUAUUUCAUAGAAAAUUAGGAUAACACAACAUUGUUAAUAUGCAUAUAUUCGUUUAUUUUCAUUGUCAGACAAUGAUUAUUUAUAAGACAAAUAAUUUUAUGUAUAAAUGUAACUAUUUUCCCUUAUACAAGUAUAAAUAUAUUUCCCAAUAAAAUUAUAUUUAGAUCAACAAUUUUUUCAAAUAAAAUAUAAAUGUUGAAUGCAACAAAAUACAAUACUAUUCUAAAAUAACUUUCAUAUAUUGAUAGAUUAUCACAAAUAUUUUGACCAUCAAAUUAUUUUAAUCAUUUAAGUCUUCAAAGUAAGGAAAGAUAUGCCAAUCCUAAUUUAAUAACUACCCUCCUCAACUCAAGUAGAAAAAAUUUGAGACAUUUUAAAAACAUGAAUAGUUUUAAUCAAUAUAAUUCACAAUAUUCAAAAAUGAUUUUAAUGAUAUUCUUCUUUAAGACUAGGUUCUGAUUACAGAAAUAACAAAUGAAAUAAAUUAAUCUGAAACUUAAUAUGUGAAGAUUACAACUGAAUCAGUGAAUAAAAUUCUUUUUUUGAUGUUUGAAAUUAUGGAGGAAUUCAAUGAAUAGAUAUUGCUUUGUACUAAACUUAAUUCCAGAAUUUCAUGAAAACUAUCACUUUAAUACUGAACUCUAUAAAAAUAAAAUCAAAUCAAAUUUAAAAAAACAGAAGCAUUUUUAACUGAAGGAAAAAGUUCAUCAAUAAUUCCUAUUUGAAAGCCUAUUGUUCAUACGAGCCUGUCAAGCAGAUUAUAAAUAUAGGAUAUUGAAUCUCAAUAUAUUGUUUUGAAUUCUUUAUAUUAUAGAACCAAAAUCUAGUAUUCAUAUUAUAAUUAUGCUAUUAAAAUUGAUAGACUGAGGUGUUUCUAUUUUCUGCACUGAAACACCACAAAGGACAAAACAAUGAUAAAAUAACAAUAAAAAUAAAUAAAACAACGGUAUAACAAAUCCACAAAUAAUCAUUCUAAAAAUAGAAACUUUCAAUUAGAAAAUAAAUAUACUAUGGCCUGAACUGCCUUUAUUCUGACUUGUUCAUUUUCAUCAGACAUCAAAUUCAUCAA